CUUGCAUCACACACGUUUUUUAUCUUGACGUAAGCCAUCGAUCGUUACUCCCAUUAUUUGUAGAGUGUUCCGAUGUUGCUUCCGAUGUUGACGAGGCAGGACUUCCUUUUCCUAAUGUACAACCAAAAAUAAAGAGCAUGCGUUCUGUGUUGCAAUUAUUAAGUGUAUAAAACAAGGAGUUUUGAACUUAAGAUACAUCAGCAGUGUUAGUCAACGUUGUGACACUGAAAAUAACCCCCGCAAUUAAAUACAAAAUACGAGAAAAAAUGAAAAUUAUUUUACCACUUGCGUUCUGCUUUACUCUCUUGGCAUUGGGAGAAUGUUUUAUUCCACCUCCCACCAAAGGUUACACCAACCCGUGUGCUUUCACGUUUUGUCCACAAGAUACAACAUGUGUACCAGUGAAUAAAAAGAAAGCUAAAUGUGUCCCAGUUUCUCCAACACUCCAUCCUGAAUGUGCUGCAGUAUCAUGUUUCACCGGCUUUCAAUGUGUUGUACGUAAUGGAAAAGCAAGCUGUGAACCAGUAUGUCAAUCCAACACCGACUGCAAGCAACAAGGCUCUUUCUGUAAUACGCAAACAGGAGUUUGUGAAUGUAAUUCUUUGUGUCUUGCUCUGUUUGAUCCAGUAUGUUCUCCAGAUGGAAAGCAAUAUAGCAAUCAAUGUGAACUUGAUAAAGAAGCGUGUUUAUCUAAGACUACAAUACUUUCUGUUCCAUGUAAAAUACAUACUAGGUAAAGAGUAAACUAAAUACCAGAUUGUA